GUUCGCGCAAAGCGCGUUGCCGAGAUUCCGCCCUGGCGCACAGUCAGCUGAAAAUGGCGGAAGGUGCAACGUCUAUGAAGUGCCCACGGACGCAGUUGGUGGCUGCGGUCCAAGGACCAGGUGAAGAAAAGAAGAGCCAAGCUGGAAACAGUCCCCUUCCAGCUAGUACAAGGACCUGCAUCAGGCCAGUAAUUGAUGGAGCAACACUUCGUGUUGAUGAUAAGCUCAGGGUGGCAAAGGAAAGGAGAGAAGAGCAGGAAAAACAACAUGCUGCUAAAGAAUCACAGAUACUUGAACGAGAGAAAAAAGCAAGAUUGCAAUAUGAGAAACAAAUGGAAGAGCGUCAAAGAAAGUUGGAAGAGCACAGAAAAAAGGAAGAACAGAGGAGGGCUGCUGUGGAAGAGAAAAGAAAACAAAAACAGGAAGAGGAAAAAGAACACUAUGAAGCAGUAAUGCGACGCACAUUGGAACGUAGCCAGAGAUUGGAACAAAGGCAAAAGAGAUGGUCUUGGGGUGGAGCACUUUCCGAGUCUGAGAACAAGGCAGGCGAUCCAGGAACUUCCUUUCCCAAACCUGUACAUUUAGAUGAACCUUCCCCUUCUUCUGGUCCUUCAAAAACAUGUGAAGUAUCCACUGUUAAUUUGAAACAAACAGAUACAGUAAUAAGCAAACGUCUUUCUUCAUCUACUGCUACACUCAUGAAUUCUCCAGAGAAGAGUUCCAAAAAGCGGAGUGCUUCCUUAACCAGAUUGAUUAACAAAAUCCCUGUUCCUCAUAAGGAGUUUCACAAAAUAAGUCAGUUGGAACAGACAGGUUCUGCUACAAAGAAGAGAAGCUCUUCACUAAAUAGACUGGUGAAUAAAAAACAGUCUUCUCCAAACACAGAGAAAUUGUCAAAAGAGGAACACCAAGCUCGCCGUUCCCUUGUCAGUCCCCUGGAUGGUGGUGUCAUCAGUCGCUUGCUUACGCCCACGCAGGCAUCCUUAGCUAGGAGCAAGAGUACAGCUGCCUUGACAGCAGAAGGAUCAGGUCUGUCAGUCUCUGCUAGUUCUCUUCACCCUCCCAAAGGACCACUGCGUAGCCGUAGCAUUGACCGACAAAAAGGUGGACUUUCAUCCUUCACAUCCAGCACAACAUCUGAGGAGGCACCUGGCAACACUCAGAAUGCAGAAAAAGAAAAGGGUCCGCCUUCUCCUGCAUCAAAAAGACCGCCUUCGCCGUCAAGGCUUCAGGGGCGUCGUAGGUCUCCAUCUCCUGCACCUUCCAACGCUUCAAAACGACCACCAUCACCAUCUACUUCAAAGCCAAGUUCCCGGAAUCGUCCUCCCUCUCCAAGCUUAUUAAGACAGCGCCCACCUUCUCCUCAGCCAACCCCUAAACCAGUUCCCAUUCUGCGUCCUUCUCUAACCCCUGCUGGUCCACUCACAUUCCGUAAAAAGGAGACCAAACCAAAGGAGAUUUCAACAGCAGGUCCAGAAUGUGCACAACCUCCAGAGUCCUCAGCAGCACUGAACACCAAAACCAAAGAUGAUUCAAGUGCCAAAGUUAUAGCAGGGACAACGUCUGCUGAAGAAGCUGCAAAAAUUCUGGCUGAGAAACGUCGCUUGGCUCGUGAGCAGAAAGAACGAGAAGAACUUGAAAAAUUACAAAAGGAUGAAGAGGAAAGAUUAAGAAAGGAGGAACAACGACAGCUAGAAGAAAAAGAGAGAAUGAAGCAAGAAGAGGAACAGCAGAGGCUUGAGGAAGAGAGGAGAAAAGCUGAAGAAGAAAGUGAACUCCUUGCCAAAGAAGAAAGAGCCCAACUUGAAAAGGAAGAGCAGGAAAGGCAAGCUGCACUGCAAAUUCAGAAGGAAGAGGCUGAAGCACGUGCCCUUGAAGAGGCAGAAAAGCAAAGACAGGAGCGUGAAAGGAUAAUGCAACAAAAUCAACAAGAGCGCAUGGAAAGGAAAAAGAGAAUUGAAGAGAUAAUGAAGAGAACCAGAAAGGUUGAGUCAGGUGAUUUAAAGAAAGAUGAAAAAUCAGAUCAUUUUGUGUCAGUAGAAAAUGGAGAAGAUCUAUCAAAUGCUGAUAGUGAAGGUUAUGAUGGAGACCCUACCAUUUCUGCCCAUGGAGAUUCAUCUGUUAAGGAUUAUGGGCUUGAAGAAGUUUCUGAGGAAGCCUUUCCUGAGGGAAAACCAAAAGAGGCUAUGGAGCCUGUAAACAUUGGUCCUGGAGGAGAAAGGGAAACGUUGAAUGGGGCUGUAGAAGAUGCAGAUAAGGAGAACAAUAAUGGUGUUGCAUUUGACAAUAUUCAGCCUGUGUCGGUCAGCUUUACAUCUAAAGGGGCCCUUGUGGACUCGGAGUUCUUGCACUUGAAUGAAGAUGUCAAAAAAGGGUUGUUGCAAAACCUUAAUGGCAAAUCAGGGUCAUGGACUUUUGAAGAAUUCAUAGAUCUUGGAGUUCAUUCCAAAUCAGCACUUAUAACUGUAGAUGGCAUUAAUGCAGAUGACUGCAACCAAAACCUUAUAGAAGUUUCAGACAUUCCUAAUGGUCCCAUGGUAGCAUUUGAGGACAAUGGAGCUGUGACUUCACUGAGCAAAUCCAACAGUUAAGAUUUAACAGAUAUUGGACUGCACCCACCUGGACGUCCUUGAACAUUGCACUCCAUGAACCAAGUCUUUAUUUUGAGCACCGAAUGCCUUUGUUUCAGAAUGAAGCUGCUUUAACAAAGAUAUUUCAUAUCAGGAACAGAACAAAGUUAUGGACGAGAAACCAUACGCAGAAGACCUGAAUGUGUCCUGCUUGUUUUGCACCUUGUCAUCUUAAGAAAUAGAAAGUAAUGAGGAGAGGAUCCUUUGCUUCGCUUCACGGUUUUAGUCAUUUUCAACUUGCUGUUUGUUCUUUAUGUAACACAAACAGCAUAAAUUAUUUAAUUUGUCAUCAUAAUUCCAUUCUAAAGAAGGUUUUGCUGAAGUCCAUUGUUUCCAACUGUGCACUUGUUUUAAAUUUGUAGUGACACGGGGUCAACAACCUUAAGGAGAUAUCUGACUGCUUUUGUGGCUCCACCAGUACACUGUCCACCAUGGGCAGUUUUUUUGUUUCAUCCUUACCAUCUGACAUUAGAUUUAGUUUUAUCUUUAGAAAUGCUAAUGACGGCUAACAGGGCUAUGACGGUUGUCAUCCUUGACAACAAACUGUUACAUUUUGUAAGUAUUUUACAGAAUAAACUGAGCACAGUUCGGUCAGGAGAGCAGUGCAGAGCCCCAGUUUAAAUGAUUUUGAGCAUAGAAACAGACUGUGUGGAGCUUUUCUGGACCAGUCAAGUGAGUUUAGCAUUUGAAACGUGGGUGUUGCCCUGGGUUGGUGCGCCAGUCUUGACAGUUGGCAGCAUGUACCAUAUGUGCCAGAGUACCCUCUGAGGGUCAGCGGUCAACUGGUGAGUCAAGGCAAUGCUGUCCAGUGCCCCUCUCUGGUCAGUGCUGAUUCUGUCCCGCUCAGAGGUGCAUCGGACAGUUGUACUUGCUGUCUGUGACGGAUGUUCUUGAAGAGCUGCUUCUUAAAUUGUGUGUCAGUAGCAGCUUUAAACGGAAAUAUCCAAAUUAUUGUCGGGUUUCAUUUCAUAUCUUUGACUGUAUCUGUUUUUAAAGAGAUGCUGCAGCAUUUCUGUGCAGAUCAUCAGAAGUCCUUCUUUUUUGUAUUCUUAAUAUGUUCUGAUUUGAUUUCAGUGAAUUGUAUUUAAUUAUAUUUAUACAUAUGUGCAUAUUUUACAAAUGUAUUUAUAGUGUUUCAAAUCAGUAUUAGGCAUCCAAGUUCCCUUUUAUGUGGCUUCUUUUUUCUUGUGUUUACCUAACUUGUUUUUAUUUUUUGCUGAUGGAUCCAUUUCAUCUUCUCAGAGCUUUUGUAUUUUGUUUUUCUUUCUUGCUUUCUUUCUUUGUAUCACAGACUACUUGAGAAAGUGUCUUAUUUUAUCUCAGGUUGACUGUUUAUGUCCAGUUACCUUAUUGUCCUGCUUGUCUGUCUUGUCCACACUCAUGGAGAAUACGCAGGGCGAUUGUGGUCCUGGAAGUGCAGUGUAUUACUGCAUGUUUUGUUCAUUUAUUAGCAUGAAGCAUCAAAAGACCGCAUGGUGUACACCGCUCUGAUCGUCUGCUCAGCGCCAUUCCUACAGUCUUGGUGUUUAUUCGUCUGGUAGUUCCAUGCAGAAGCUACUCCGUCCUGCAUUCACCAGGUUCUCGCGUCGAUGAGCCGUGUCCAGAAAGCUCUCUACAGUUAAGCCAGCACUGACCUCUCUGUCCAAACACGUGCUUGUGCAAUGAGGCAGAACGCUCAGGAAGAAGAUGGUCCCAAACACUUUGAUACUGUGGUGUUUGUAAGGAAGCAUGUGCUGUUCAUGCAGGCCUGCCGAGUGGGAAGUGACGUACUAGACCCUCAAAGCCAAGGUACUCCUAACUACUAUUACUACUUCAUUACAUAAUCUGCACUCUGGGGAAAGUUACAGUUGUUACAUAAAAGCCAAAAUCUGGAUUGUCUCUUACUGAUUGAACAAUUGCCUGUUCUGCUACAGCAUGUGAACUGCUAAAAGGUGUUCAAACUUAUAAUCCUUUGACGAAAAGCAAAAAAAACAAAAAAGUCUUUUAAAUGUUGUGUCUGACAUGUCUGCUUUGAGUGGUUAGAUGGCAGCGACAAAAUGUCACUUGAGAUGGAGCCGCGCUACACAGGCUGCUUUUCAGGUUGUCGUCCGUGUCCUCUUGUACCAGGAGAGAUGCUGCUUCAGGCGCACACUUUACCGUCUGUCGCAAGCACAAACAUGAGUUCCUCUUACGACUGCAAUGUGUUAGAUGUAGCGCAGUGCCUUAGACAUGCAUUGAUAGGUUCUGUAUUUUUGUAAAACUGCUUAUCCUGAACGUGACAAUCAUUUAGCCGUUGGGCCCCGUGCGGAAUUAACUCUCUGUAAAUACUUAUUGGACUUGUUUAAAAUAAAGUUUUCCAGAAAAAUUUU